AUGAGCAGGAGAAGGUUUCGUCAAGGGAUGGUUAGCAAGGCACUUGAUAAGGAUGUGGAAGAUGUUGCUACUAGCUUUUUCAUCUCCAAUAUUCCAGAUGAGUGUAAUGAUUUGUAUCUGAGGAAGGUUUUUCAAAAGCUUGGAUGUUUGGUGGAUGUGUAUGUUGCUCAAAAGAGGGUUCCUCUUGGGUUGAGGUUUAGCUUUGCUAGGUUCAUUAAGGUCCAUAAUGAGAUUUUCAUGGAGAAGAAACUUUCAGAAGUUGUUGUUAUGGGGCAAUAUCUUAAGGUUAAUAUCUCUAAGUUUAAAAGAAAUAAGCCCAUUACAAACAAAGUGGAAUGUAAUGUUGAUAGGAGAUCCUUUAUUCAUAUAUCUAAUGAUGUAAAGAAGACGGGCGGAUUCAAAUCCUAUGUUGAGGCUAUGAAGGAUAUGAAGGGUGUUAAGGAGGAUUUUGGUGAUUGUCAGGCUAGUAAGCUUUCCUUGCUCUGUAUUCCCGACGGUGUCUCUCCUAGACCGCAUUCAUGGAUAGAAGGUUGCAUGAUUGGUGAAGCAAAAGACUUAAAUUUUCUUUCGAAAUUCUUUGAGAUUUUUUGCUCUUCGGAUCUUGUUGAUUGUUCGUUGAAAUAUUUGGGAGGCUUGAAUGUCUUAUUGGACUUUGGUAGGAGUGUUGCUGGAAUUAUUUUAAAGGACGAUGUUGAAGGAUGGAGAGCUUGGUUCUCUUGGCUAAAAGUAUGGGAUGAUUCUUUUGUUUAG